GCUCUGCUAAAAAACAAUUAGCGUACCGCAUAUUAUGUACAAUAAGUGAUAUGCAUGUGCUAAUUUAAAAAUUAUGUAAAUGAAAGUAAAGCAAACCUUUUCUUCUGAGAAAAUGUAUUAUAGUAACCUGCCGAUGUGUUGCUAUUUUUGUAUGUCUUGCUUGCAGCUUUGCAUAGUGUGCUGCUGUGACAUACACAGCCUAGCUAAAAGCUAGCCACCUAGUUAGCUCAUUACUGCCACUGCCAGGUUCCAGCUACGUGGUCGACAUGGCGACCGACGAAAUACAAAAAUAUUGAGGUUGAUGGCAUUUAAUUGGAAAUUGUCAUACCACAUACUGAGUGUUCAUAAUGUCUGAACAAUUAGAUGAAAAUUGAUGUUCGGAAUAGUUUUAUUUUAUUACAGUGGAAUCUGUCAGAUCUUUUGCAUCACUCUGUUAUUUCGAAAAGAAAACAAACCCCAAGCGACAACACACUUUAGGAUCUACCUUUCUUUGAAAAAGAAAGCAUCCGUCGAAGCUACAGUGCUUCCCCCAGAGACCUCCGUGGGUGACGAUGCCUGUGCAAGCGCCGCAAUGGACGGAAUUCCUGCUGUGUCCCAUCUGCACACAGCUGUUCGAGGAGAGCCUCCGCAAGCCCAUCAGCCUGGGCUGCGGCCACACCGUCUGCAAGAUGUGCCUGAACAAGCUGCAUCGCAAGGCCUGCCCCUUCGACCAGACGGCUAUCGCCACUGACAUUGAGCUGCUGCCAGUCAACACAGCCCUGCUGCAGCUGGUGGGAGGACAGGUGCCUAAACGGCAGCCGACCACCUUGGUGACAGGGGCAGAGGACAUAGCCCACUAUGAGAAAGCCAGUGAGUGUGUGGAGGAGCUGGCUCAGUACCUGAAACCCCUGAGCAACAGCAGAGGUGUGGGGCUGAGCACCAGCAGCGCCCAGAGUUCUCUGAGUCGGCCCAUGCAGAGGAAGCUGGUGACCCUGGUGCACUGUCAGCUGGUGGAGGAGGAGGGCCGGGUGAGGGCCACGCGGGCGGCCAGGUCUCUGGGGGAGCGCACCGUCACUGAGCUCAUUCUGCAGCACCAGAACCCCCAGCAGCUCUCCUCCAACCUGUGGGCUGCAGUCAGGGCAAGGGGCUGCCAGUUUCUCGGCCCAGCGAUGCAGGAGGAGGCUCUGAAGCUGGUGCUUUUGGCUCUGGAGGACGGCUCCGCUCUAUCCAGGAAGGUCCUGGUGCUGUUUGUGGUCCAGAGGUUAGAGCCACGCUUUCCCCAGGCCUCCAAGACCAGCAUAGGCCACGUGGUGCAGCUCCUCUACAGGGCCUCCUGCUUCAAGGUGACCAAGCGUGACGAGGACUCGUCCCUGAUGCAGUUGAAGGAGGACUUCUGGACGUACGAGGCGCUGCGGCGCGAACACGACUCCCAGAUCGUCCAGAUCGCAAUGGAGGGGGGCCUCCGCAUCGCCCCUGACCAGUGGUCUUCUCUGCUCUACGGGGACCAGUCGCACAAGUCCCACAUGCAGUCCAUCAUUGACAAGUUGCAGACGCCAGCGUCAUUUGCUCAGAGUGUUCAGGAGCUGACCAUCGCCCUGCAGAGGACAGGUGACCCGGCCAACCUGAACCGCCUGCGACCACACCUGGAGCUGCUAGCCAACAUCGACCCAAGUCCAGACUCCCCUCCCCCCACGUGGGAGCUGCUGGACACUGGCUUGGUGGCAGUGAAGACUGUGGUACACGGCCUGGUGGACUUCAUCCAGAACCACAGCAAGAAGGGGAGCGACCCACAACAGCCACCCCAGCACAGUAAAUACAAGACGUACAUGUGUCGGGACAUGAAGCAGAAGGGGGGCUGUCCUCGAGGAACCAGCUGCACCUUCGCCCACUCUCAGGACGAGCUAGAAAAGUACCGUAAGAUGAACAAGAGGCUGGCUGCCCGCCGGCCCCUCAGCUUAUCCCUGACGCAGCUGAACGAGGUUGGCCUAUUGCCCGAGGAGGUGGGGAUGCUGGAGGGGCUGGCACACAAGGGCUUGACGAAUGGCAUGGUGGCGUCGGUCACAGGCUCCGCCCUGCCCCAGCUCAUCUCCCGCGGUGCCGACCCCUCCUACGAGCCCAUGAUGCGGAAGUCCCAGGGAAGCCUAAGUGCCCCCAGCUCUCCUCCAGACUUACUGGACCCGGUGCCCAAUCGGGCCAUGGCCCAUCCCAGGAUGUCAGUGGACCACCUGGCCAUGCACAAGCAGAUGCCCAGGAGGCCCUCCAUGUACCCCCCUCAGCAGGGAGAACUCUUCUACCCCCCUGAGCCCAGGGCACCUCCAUCAGCCCUGCAGUAUGAGGCCUCCCAGAACGCCCCCAGCAAUUGGACUUGUAUAUCUCCCAGUUGUAACCCCCCCUACCCCUACCAGCCCUCUCAGUACCCACCCCAGCCUCGCUACGUCCGAAACCCCCCUCCCACCAAUGACCCGGCCUUGCCCCCCUACCCCAGCACCUACCCCCAGGAGCGCCAGUGUCCCCCUCCCCCUCAGCUCUCGAGUUCCCACUUCUCCAAUGCCAAAUCCCAAGGGUUUGCGCCUCCUCCGCAUUAUGACGGCCGUCGACACCCCGCCUACCCCCCUCCACCACCACAGUCCUAUCCCCACCGGGAGGACCCCUCCAUGCCUGCGGACGAGGCCUCCAGAGAAAGAUAUCUUCCUGAGGGUUACCACCCCUCUGGCCCCCAUCCCAGCCACAUGAGGCCCUAUACCCCCAGGGAGUCUUACAGCCGGCCCCAGCCCACUCCCAGUCUGGACUACUUGCACCGCCGACGCCAGGAGAUCAUGGCCCAGCUGGAAGACGGGAAGCAGGUCACUCCCCCACCCUUCGCCCCCUCACCUACUCUGCCACACCACUACGAGUCCAACUACACACAGGAGCAACAGCAGUAUUUGGAAAACUCACAAGCGUUUUCAAAGUACCGCGAGCCAGACUACGCGAGCCAGUACUCUCCUUGGUCAUGUGACACUAUCGGCUCCUACAUUGGCAGCAAGGAGGGGAAGUCCAGAGACAGUAUGGAGAGGAUGAAUGCUGAGGGGAAAGGUGUGGAAGGCAGGCGCAGGGCUGCCGAGACCAGAGAUGACGACCCUAUCAUCCCCUUCGGCUCUCUGCCCACCGUGUCACGCUUCGGGGUGAUCUCCCGCACCCCCAAGACGGGCUACUUGACUGCCGGGCCGGGGCAGGCCAUGACCCUCUCACAUGGGAACAAUGGCCCCAAACACGGCGCUGCAACAGGGUGGGGUGCUGCCGGGUACAGCCAGCCCCCUCAGGCCCACCUCAGUGAACGGCCAGUCAAGGAGAGGGAGCAGCUGACGAUGGAGCUCCAGCAGGUCAAUCAGCAGAUCAACAAGCAGACUGCCCAGGCGGACCAUCCCAGCCCGGAGGAGUGGUCGUCAGGGAACAUCUCCAGCCAACAGCUGAGCCUGGAGCUCCACCAUGUGGAGAGGGAGAUCGGCAAGAGGACCCGCCAGAUAGCCCUGGAGCACCUUGUGAGUCAUGAUGGGAGUGGGGCGUAUAAGCUGAAGCCCACUGAGAACGGGCAGAGAGCGGAGCACUCGUUGGUCCUCAGUGAGGGCUGUAACGGUCCCAGUGGUGUGCUGCAGGACGGCAGUGUGGCCAGCUGUGGUUUGUCCUGCCUUACCAGCAAGACCUCGUCCCUCAGCCUGUCUGCAGACCUCUCCAUCGCUGGGGGCACUGACCGAAAGACCAACGGCGUGGUCCACCUGUGCUCCUAGCCACACAACUGGAGUCUGGUAUUACCACCACAGCUACAACUAACCGAUCAGUCAACCACAUAGAGCCUUGGGAAACCCUUCAUCCUCUGAACGUUAGAACCGUUAGAACCGUUCUACUGUCAUUUUGAGACACACAACCAGGUCCUCCAAACUGUCUGGUAUACCCUACCUACAUCUACAUUUGCAAAAUCUGAUUGACGCCACUAAGAGAAUUUUAACUUGAUUACAAAACGUGUAGAGAGAGGCGGCACCUCUCUCCUUGCUUAAAAUGGCAAGAGACCGUUCUAGGUUUCUUACAAAGAGGGAUUUGUGAUAGAAGGGCUAGGAGUAUCGAAGUAACUGAAAAAGCCACUGAUUUGCAAAUGUGGAUGUAGUGCCAUCAUAGACAACGGCACUUCAUUUGAUACAACACAAAUUUGCACACUUGCAACUUUAGUCUGUCUACAACUAAGCAGUAUCUGCCCUGAAUUUAAUAUUUUUUCAUUUUAGUUUUUUUUGUUCUGUGAAUGAAUUUUUUUUUCAUAUAAAAUCUCACCCUGCCUUGGAAACAAGAUGUUUAGAUUCCAUGAACUCAAACCCAAUAAUGAUUAGAAGAAGAAUAUAACGAUGAGACCAGUUCCUUGGUUUCAAAUAGAUAAGGCCACCAUAAUCGCAUUGACAUUAAUUACAUCUGUUAGCUUCAAAAUGUGCAAUUUUAUUUAGUAUUUUUUGGUAGCAUCGCUACAGCAAUAUUUGUGCUUAGCAUAUAUGCAUGUCCUGAAAUGCAGACUUUGUGUUUGGAAUUAAUUGUAAGUUCUUGUUUCUAAGCUGCAAUGUUAUUCGCCUAUCUUCUUUUUGGUUUGUUGUUUUUUUGCUUUUCGUUAAGUUUGACUCUUGGGUCUCUGGAGGACAUUUACAUCUUAGCAAAAUAUCUCCAUCGCAUAGCAACAAUACUUGUUGGCAAACGGCUGUGAAUAUGUUUGCCCAUAUCCAAGAUAAUACAAAUUGAAGAUGACACUGGCCUCUUGAAGGCAGAGAACGCCUUUCAACUGGGCAAUUUUAAGAUUUAGAUGAAACUAUCAGAUACAUUUUAACAAGAAGAAAAGGCUCCCUUGUGUCCACUUCAGUGGCUUGACCCUCUUUUGGCAUCUCCCCUCACUACUACCACCACCUUCAGGAUAUUUACUUCAGCCUCUACCACCCAUGCUUUGGUAUGGGGCUGAUGAGGAAAAGGAUAUAUACAUUUUGGCUUGGCAUUCAAGCUGUCGUCUUUUGGGUUUAAAUGCAGCGAUGGGCUAGGUGGGAGGGAAUCACAACAUGGGUCAAGCAUACGUCUGUCUGCCUGUUGAUGGGGGGGUCAGAGGUACUGGGUAUAUGGAGUAAAGGAAACAGGAACAAAGCCAGACAUGACCCAUGGCUGGAAUUUGAGACCUUGAUCUACAAAACAUAUUUGCACUUUCAUAGCUUUAAGGAUGGUUUGUACUGAGUAUAUGUAUUUAUUAAAUGUACAGUAUUUGCAUCCUGAGGAUGGAUAUAACAUUAAAAGGUCAAAUUUAAAACCACAUUCUGUUUUAAGAACGUGUAGUUCAAGAUGGCCAUGGUUGCUCCCUAAGGUCCUAAUAGUGUUGGCCAUGUUGUACAGAGCAGGGUUCAAACAGCCACUCUGUUUUUAUACAUCAAUCUACUGUAAAAUUAUUGAUGUAUUUUUCUGUAGAGUUACGACAUGUUCACUUCAACAAUUGUGACACCCGGUAUGCUGUCAACAUACCUAUAACACCGCAAAUUACAGGAAAGGUGAAAUUCCCUUUUCAGUUCCUCAUCUCCACUCCUCUGAGCACCUUUUUCACCAAUCGCAGCAGACAUUUGUCUAGUUUUAAUUUAUUUUAACUUCCAAGAAGUUGCUCUAGUAAAAGGGUUUGUGAUACGUUCCUGGAGGAGGCUUUAAUCAUUUGUAGAUGGGGGUCGAUGCAUAGGAGGUGACAGGCCACUGAACUGGGCUAAGGCAGAACAACAGUUAGCAAAGCAGUUCGCAUCACUGGAGACAACCACAGCACCACCACACAGGGUGAGAGGAGACUAGGAAAGGCAUUUUGAUGACACCAAAUAAGUGCUUUUUCCCAAAUAUGAACAAAUUAAGUGCUGCAGUUGCUUUAUCUGCAUUACUUUUACAUAUUUUAUGUGCUUAAAUUAUCGCCACCCCUCACACAGAUGCAAUUUGUUACUCCCAGAUGCAUGCGAACUAUGAAAUUAAGUACUGCAAGCUUACUGUCCUUCUUGGUAAGAUGAAUUCACAGAAUGUAUUCAAAGGUGUCAUAUUGUGAAAUGGUGGCUGGGAUAUUCCAUUUGAAUUCAAAAUAUAUCCAACAACUGGAUUAGUCAAACUUAUUUUAAAUCUAAUCUUUGUCUUUAUGGAAAUAUUUAAAUAUGUUUUUUUAUUUUUUGUUACAUCUCACUUUUUGAGAUUUUAUUUCAAAUAUGAAAUGGCUUACACUGUAUAUGUAUAGACUAUAUACACAUUAUACUGUACUGUAUUUGUACAGUAUAUGCACAUUAUACUGUGUGUAUAUACACAUUAUACUGUAUUUUCAAAGCCAGACAAUGACAGACUUAAGUCAAUUCGUCUCCUAGAGAAGUUCUCUGCCUUCUGUGCACAUGACAUUGAAAUGUCCAUUAGUCCUCAAAAGUUGCUGCCUUUUUUUGAGUUCUCCCCAGUUUGUCCCAAUGCUUUGUCUGCACUCAUGUCAGAGCAUUGGAUAGCAAUCUAGCAAUAUUAUAGAAAAGGACUGUUAUCAAGAGGACAAUAUAGGCUACUCAAUGCAGUUUGCAUUACUCUUCAUGCUAAUCAUAACUGAUGGUCCUUCAACCCUCCUUAUUAAUUGUGACAGAGUUGAGGACACAGUCCCUUAAUUGGCAUGGCAUCAUGCAUGUUUGUGGUUACAGAAGUUAUCUGGCUUUAGUCACCUCUGUAUCAUGUAGAGGGAAAUUAAUUGCGUUGUAGUGUAGCCAUCGUGGUGGCUAAAUUAUGGUGGUUGUUUUGUAGUAGUUUUAGAGCACUUCAUAGGAAAAUAAAAUAUAAUUGUGCAAAAGCACCUGUAGUUCUGGGGCUGAACAGAACUGCAGUCAACUAUGCUGUGUGCAUACAUAGCCCAGAAAUAUUUUGUCAUAAGGUCACAUGACUUGCUUUCCAUACGGAAAGAAUUUCCAUAUGAUAUAUUUGUUUGAUCUCUGUGGCUUUGACAGCCCUGACUUUCUGCCAGGAACUUCAUGUUGGUUAUCUGAAGAGCAGUGUUGUUCCAGAGGUCAAAUGACUAUCAAUACAUCUGUCAAACCAUAUGGUAAAAUCAACUACAACAAUCGCAUUUGGGACUGAACUUCAGGUAAUGCUUACGGUUCAGUUUCAGAUAGCUCUAUGUAUUUGGACGAAUGUUCCUCCAUCAGUGUAGUGUCAUCAAUACAACAUGACUGAGCCUUUUAUAAGGAGACAUGUUCCUCCAUCAGUGUCAUCAAUACAACAUGUCUACCUAUAAAAGGCUCAGUCAUUGCCUUUCCGAAUGUGGGUUAAUCAUGCACACUUUUGUCUUGAAGGUAUGCAGAUCUUUUACAGAGAAAAUCAAAGUCCUCAGGACUUGGUUGAGAGUCACCGGGGUGUUAGCAGCUAGGCCAGCGAUGCUAAUUUACCAAUUUAGUGAGAUGGGUCAACAUACAGAUUUACCGUGACUUGACUCGGUGUUGAGGAAUUGGGAUGUCUGAGAUUAGAUGUAUACUACCGUUCAAAAGUUUGGGGUCACUUAAAUGUCCUUGUUUUUGAAAGAUAAACACCCCCCCCCAUUUAAAAUAACUUCAAAUUGAUCAGAAAUGCAGUGUAGACAUAGUUAAUGUUGUAAAUGACUAUUGUAGCUGGAAACAGCAGAUUUUUAAUGGAAUAUAGGUGUACAGAAGCCCAUUUACCAUCACUCCUGUGUUCCAAUGGCACGUUGUGUUAGCUAAUCAAAGUUGAUCAUUUUUAAAGGCUAAUUAAUCAUUAGAAAACCCUUUUGCAAUUUUGUUUAGCCAGUUGAAAACUGUCCUUUAGACUAGUUGAGUAUCUGGAGCAUCAGCAUUUGUGGGUUCGAUUACAGGCUCAAAAUGAAACUCGUCAGUCUAUUCUUGUUCUGAGAAACAAGAGUGAGAAAUUGGCAAGAUAUUGAAGAUCUCAUACAACACUGUGUACUACUCCCUUCACAGAACAGCACAAACUGGCCUUUACCAGAAUGAAUAGAAAGAGAAGUGGGAGGCCCCGGUGCACAACUGAGCAAGAGGACAAGUACAUUGGUGUCUAGUUUGAUAGACAGACGCCUCACAAGUCGUCAACUGGCAGCCUCAUUUAAUUGUACCCGCAAAACACAAGAGGGGACUCCAGGAUGCUGGCCUCCUAGGCAGAGUUGCAAAGAAAAAGGCAUAUCUCAGACUGGCCAAUAAAAAUAAAAGAUUCCGAUGGGCAAAAGAACAGACACUGGACAGAGGAAGAUUGGGGGAAAAAGUGUUAUGGACAGACUAAUCUAAGUUUGAGGUGUUCGGAUCACAAAGAACAACAUUCGUGAGACGCAGAAAAAAAUGAAAGGAGGCUGGAGCACCAUCUGUCACGCAUGGUGGAGGCAAUGUGAUGGUCUGGGGGUGCUUUGGUGGUGGAAAAGUGGGAGAUUUGUACAGGGUAAAAGGGAUCUUAAAGGAAGGCUAUCACCUCCUUUUGCAACACCAUGCCAUACCCUGUGGACGGUGCUUAAUUGGAGACAAUUUCCUCCUCGUGACUUAAAGCACAGCUCCAAACUAUCCAAUAACUAUUUAGGGAAGAAGCAGUCAGCUGGUAUUCUGUCUAUAAUGGAGGGGCCAGCACAGUCACCGGAUCUCAACCCUAUUGAGCUGUUGUGGGAGCAGCAAUUUCCUCCUACAAUGACCUUAUGGUAUGUAAGAAGUGCCCAUCAAGCCAAUCCAACUUGUGGGAGGUGCUUCAGGAAGCAUGAGGUAAUCUGAAGAGAUUUCACCCCAACAAAAUGACAACUAGAAUGCCAAAGGUCUGCAAGGCUGCAAAUGGAGGAUUAUUUGACGAAAGCAAAGUUUGAAGGACACUUAUUUCAAUCAAUCAUUAUUUAUAACCAUGUCAGCAUCUUAACUAUAUUUCCUAUUAAUUUUGCAACUAAUUUCUUGUAUGUUUUCAUGGAAAAGAAGAACAUUUCUAAGUGACCAUAAACUUUUGAACGGUAUUGUAUGUUCUUGAUACAUUUAUUCAGUUAUUUGCCUCAAAAAAAGUAUGUUACUAUUUUGUAGACACAUACUGGUCUCUCGAUCUUGAUCUUUAAAAGCACAGAUUUAGGUUGGAUCGGUUUUAAACAUAUAAUUGCUGUGUAGAAGGUUCACCUCUCACCGGUUUUUAUGUUUAUUUUUUUAUAUUGCCAUGCUUCAUGGGUGACAUGCUGACUACACGUGUAUUCAUUUGGGGAAAGGGUGAAACACAUGAAACAUUCAUGGACAUUGAGCUAGCUUGCUGUUGCUAGCUAAUUUGUCCUGGAAUAUAAACAUUGGGUUGUUAUUUUACCUGAAAUGCACCAGGUUCUAUUUUUUCCCUGGGAUCUUUUGAAGAAUUUUGACCCAUUUUUGAGUCACACAAAAUCGUGUGUUCUCUAGUCCGACAAUUAAUCCACAGAUAAAAGGUGAAACUUCGUUUCUAGUAAUCUCUUCUUCUGUGGACUUCAAAUGGCGGUUGGCAACCAACUAAGGUGCAUUACCACCACCAACUGGAGUGUGGACCUCAGUUCAGCUUUCAAUCACCCACUUGGGUAUAUUUUCCAUGAAAACCAAUGAGGAGAUGGGAGAAACAGGUUAACACCUGGCUACGCAGACACCUGCGAGCAGUUUAGAUUACAUUAUUAACGUGUAUGUGUACAUUUAUUUUGCCUGCUGACCACACUGCGUUGCAAAAUAAAUUUACACAUAGAUGAACUGAGGUACACACUCCAGUCCAGUUGGUGGUGGUAAUGUACCUUAAAGUUGGUUGCCAGUUGUCAAAUAAAGUCCACAGAAGACUACUACAAAUGGAGGAGAGUUUACUAUAAAAUAUUAGUUUCUCCUUUUAUCUGUGGUUUAAAUGUUGGAGUAGAGAACGCAACAUUUUGUGACUGAAUGGGUCAAAAUUCUACAAAGAUCCAGAAAAAAAGGACCUUGUGCAUUUCAGGUAAAAUAACAACUCAAUGUUUAUAUCCCAGGACAAAUUAGCUAGCAACAGCAAGCUAGCUAGUUAAAUGUCCAUGAAUAUUUCAUGUUUCGACCUGUCCCCAAAUUAAUAUAGUUUAAUAAGAGUUUUGAUAUUUCAACCUGUGUCCUGACUGCAUCUGGUGUGGAUGGACAAAAUCAACAUGUGCAUGAUGGCACAAGCGGACCCACGCAUGUGCCCGGUGUAGUCGGCAUGUUAGGCUACUUCUUAACAUGCUGUGGUCAAGAACAGCUAUCAGAAUUUAACAUUUUCUUUGCAUGAAGAGGAAGGAACUACCAUUGCUCGCAUUGGGAAAGCUAAUUAACUCUUAAGUUAACUACUUUUCUUGGUCUGUCAAAUUACAUCGUUUGCAUACAUUUUCACAAUUUUGUGUCUUUGUUUUUGCAGUUACGGUAUUAUGAUCUUGGCCCAUCAUUGAGGGAACCAUUUUGAAUUGAGCUGUUUUAAAGCACCGUCUGUUGCUCAAUUAUAUUUUCAUAAUUAAGUAUUUGUGCUGGUGCAACAUUUUAACCUUUUUUCAAAUUAAUAUAAUAUUGAAACUUAAACAUGCAUGUUUGAAAAUGUCCUUGAAUGUCCUUGAAAAUGUUUUUGAAGUAUUCAUUUAAUUAGAAAAAAAUAGGGGCAAAAUUCACGAGUGCUUAGUAAAUGUGAUCCUUUGCAUAGUAUCUGCAUAGGAAUUCUCUUCGCUCCAUACCUUCACUGCUAUCUUUUGAAUACUGUCUGGUCUCAGUUGCUCUAUUGUUGAUUAUUGAUUGAAGCUUAAGAAAUGUGACUUGCCUUCCAGCAGGCUAUUGACUAUUUCAAAGUUUAUCAUGCAUACAUGUAGGUUUGUCUAUACAGUACAUCAACUUGCAACUGUUAAUUAAACUCCUUCAGGAGUCAGCAUUUAUAUUAAAUGGUCUCUACGAAUCAGCCCUGGAAACAUGAGUCAAUCGGCUGAUUUCCAUUGCAGAGCCGAGGAACCGCUUAUCCUUUCUGAGACAAAGGAGUUCAGUGCCAGAUUCUCUGGGGGGGGUGGUGAGUUUCCUUGAAGUCUUGCAGCACUAACGUCUUUACGAGUUUUACAAUUGUAAAACUGUGACGCGCUAAUAUUAAAGAUCCAUUGAUACCGGGGAAACUUGCCUAUUUGUUUACAUAGCCAUUUGGUGUCUGUUAAAUAGAAACCCAGGGAAAUAGUUUGGCAUGUUUUGUCUGUCACGUAGCGUUGUUUGGUCUGUGUUUUAGAUGGUGUUAGGCUCGCCAGAAUUUGAGGACAGAGAUUCUGUCUUUUCCGAGGGGUUUUUCGAUCCUAUGGAGGGGUUCCCGAGUGUCGCAACAGUCUAAGGCACUGCAUCUCAGUGCUCGAGGCGUCACUACAGACCCUGGUUCGAUCCUGGACUGUGUCACAACCGGCCAUGAUUGGGAGUCCCAUAUAGGGUGGCGCACAAUUGGCUCAGCAUUGUUAGGGUUUAGCCGGGGUAGGCCGUCAUUGUAAAUAAGAAUUUUUCUAAACUGACUUGACAAGUUAAAUAAAAAAAGACCCUUCUAAAAGGAAUGUUUUGGAAGUUGUGUAGAGAUCACAAUAGUCUUAAUUUAUACUUUCUAAUUUAAAUUGUGUGUGUGCGUGUGCACGUGUGUGUGUGUGUGUGUGAGAUAUGAUCAUUAAGACAAGUAUUGGGUAAACACAGUAACACUUGACAGUAGGAUAGCCAUACACCAAGAUACGAGUAACUUCUGAAUUCUUUGCCAAGAAUGUCUUGUUCAGUGAUUCAUUUGACUAAAUACUGUGGAAUUGUUUACUUUGGACUUCGUUGUCCUUUUUAGCAAUCAUAUGAUGAGUUAAAAAAUAAGUAACAUAGGAUGACACAUUAAACCACCCUGGCAGGGAAUUGAUUUCCGUGUGAGCGGCCAUGUCCCAAUGGGAGAGACCGCUUCAUUUCAGAUUGUUUUCUUGUUCACGCUGAACACACUCAUUGCUUCCACUCAAAUUGAAUUCCUUGUUAUAAAAUGGGCUGCUGUUGUAUUUUUUUUCCAUUUAUUUUUUACAUAUUUUCUAACUUUGGGAAAUGUAAUUGCUUUUGAUUACUACUACCCAAGUUUUCAUGUAAGAGUUUGCUUAAAUGAAGGUACAAGUUUAACUUCAACAUUGUUUUUAUAUUAUACUCCCUUAAGGAAUGUUUAGAAUGAGAUUUCUCCAAUUUGGAUAUAGGUCUUAUACCAUUUUUCUUUGUUAAAGAAUUCACUGUGUGAAAAUGGGAUUGCAUUUGUAUAAGACAAUUGCUUUUGUUUUGUUUCUUUGAGAAGUGGAAGUUUGAAGUAAAUGUAACUUAUGUGCAACAGUGAUUAUUUACUGGCAGGGACUGUAAUUAAACAAUAUUGUGUAACUGA